UGUGUACGCAUGCGCAUUCCAACUGUGGGCACAGGCAGUCAAGGAAAGAAAGCCUGGAACUUAAUAUCAUUGUGUUUCUAACCACCUGUUUUUGGACAAACGAAGUAACCCACUGCCGGAACCAGCUACUGUAAAACAAGUUACGAAAGGAGGAAGUGUAUUAUUUAUGCCGGGAGUCAGACUGACUUCCUGUUUACUUUUGAGCGAAUGUCGUGUGCUUUGGUAGGAGCCUCUGGACUUCGGGUCCAGUUGGACGAUGGCCGGGCUGUGAUACUAGGCCGGGGUCCGGACACCGGAGUCACCGAUAAAAAAUGCUCGAGACACCAGGUGAAGGUGGUGGCUUGUUAUGCAGAACAGAAGGUUGUUGUCACCCAGCUAGGUGCAAAUCCUAGUUUCCUGAAUGGGGAGAAACUGGGCCAGGGGAAUUGUGGUAGUCUCACACAUGGUGGAGUUCUCUAUUUGAUUAACCAAGACCAUCCACUUAAACUUCAUUACUCAUUGGUUGAUGAAAGCUUCAGUGAUGCAAAACAGUCCAGUGCAAAGACCCAAGGAGAAAGUUCUAGAAAAGAAAAACAGGCACAGUCCCAUGCCACAUACUCACAGGGUAUAGAGAAGUUUUUCUCAAAAAGGGCCACAAAAAGACAACUGAGCCCAGAGCAGGGACACUCGAAGUUAAAGCGGCUGAAGACAGAAGAGGAGGACUCGGGUGAACGGAUGAAGAAUGAAGAAGAGGAGAGACAGGCAGAGAUGAAACUCACACAGUUGCAAAAGCUUGCUGAGAAUUCUCUAACAGAGAGGGCGGAUGAAACCAAGGCUUCUUCACUUUUGAAAAGUCAUCUGAAGAGCAGCUGGCAGAAAAUAGACAACCUCCUUCUUUACACUGCUGCAGGAUGCCAAGGCAGAACCAAGAUAGCUGGGUUUGACAUAGAUGGAUGCAUCAUCACUACCAAGUCUGGAAAAGUCUUUCCUACCAGCCCAGAUGAUUGGAAGAUUCUUUACCCAGAGAUCCGUGCCAGGUUGGCCUCUUUAAACCAACGAGGAUAUAAGGUGGUUUUUUUCACCAAUCAGAUGGGGAUAGCUAAAGGAAAACUUAGACCUGAGAUCUUCAAGUGCAAGGUGGAAGACAUCCUCUCUACGCUGCAGUUACCUGUACAGGUCUUUGUUGCAGCAGGUCCUGGAAUCUACAGGAAACCAGUUUCAGGGAUGUGGAAUCACCUGUGUGAAAAGGCCAAUGAUGGUGUUGUUGUUGACAUGGUAGCAAGUUUCUAUGUGGGAGAUGCAGCUGGAAGACCUCUAAACUGGGCUCCAGGAAAGAAGAAAGAUUUUUCCUGCAGUGACCGGCUAUUUGCUUUGAACAUUGGGCUGCAAUUCCACACACCAGAGGAGUACUUUUUGGGCUGGAAGGUUGCCCCCUUUUGCCUUCCAGCAUUUGACCCUAGAGAAUGUACCUCCACUGGUAGGCUUUAUGACCCACCUUCAGCCUCCCUUACAUCCAGCAGACCAGAGGUCAUUGUUGCUGUGGGUUUCCCUGCUUCAGGUAAAUCUACUUUCUUUCAAACCCACAUGAUUCCAAAGGGUUACUUACAAGUCAGUAGGGAUGAACUUGGUUCGUGGCAGAACUGUGUGUCAAAAUGCAGGGAAGCUCUGAGGAAAGGCCAGAGUGUAGUUAUCGACAACACUAAUCCUGACCCAGAGUCUCGCAAACGAUAUGUGGAUGUGGCCAAUGCUGAAGGAGUGCCUUGUCGUUGCUUUAACUUUUCUCUCUCUCUGGAUCAAGCCAAACAUAACAACAGAUUUCGUGAAAUGGUGCCAUCAGAUGUUAAGCAUGCCAAGGUCAAUGACAUGGUUUUCCACAGCUACAAGAAAAAGCUUCUGGCUCCUGCACUCUCAGAGGGAUUCUCCGAGAUCCUCCAGAUCCACUUUGUGCCAAAAUUCAAAGACAGCCAAUCAGAGGCCCUGUUUAGACAGUUUUCUGAAGGCUAAAUGAACAGUUAGAUUGUUGUUGAAAGCAAUCACAAAUGGCUCAACGGCUCACAGUAACAUACGGCUCCCGUUUUAAAGUGACAGCUCAGGUAUUUCAGUGCGAGUAAGUAGUACUCACAGAGUCAGUUCCAGUACCCCCAGAGAACAAACCUGAGUUUUGGACCGACACUAGGUGAACCAUAAAACAUUGCUACCUGCAGAGACACCCAGAAAAACAAAUCUACAAACAAACAUUGUGUGUUUUCUUUAAUAAAAUCAAUCACUAUCCUAA